AUGGAGUUAGAGCAGAAGGGAGACUUAGCUACUAGAGACCUACUGUCUCACAUGCUCUUAGCAUCAGAUGAAAAUUGUGAUGUUAAGAGUGAGAUGGAGAUCAGUACUCAAGUUAUUUGUCUGCUUUUUGCUACCCAUCACACCACAAGUUCUGUCAUCACAUUCAUCCUCAAGUACCUGGCCGAGUUCCCUGAUGUCUAUAGCAAAGUCUUAAAAGAGCAAAUGGAGAUUGCAAAGAGCAAAGGUCCGGAAGGGUUUCUGAAGUGGGAUGACAUUCAAAAGAUGAAAUAUACUUGGAAUGUAGCAAAUGAAACAAUGAGGCUAACCCCACCUGUGCAAGGAACUUUUAGAGAAGCCAUAACUGACAUCACGUAUGCAGGUUUUACAAUUCCAAGGGGAUGGAAGAUGCAUUGGAAUGUAAAUACAACACAUAGAGAUCCCAAGUAUUUUCCUGAUCCCGAGAAAUUCAAUCCCUCGAGGUUUGAAGGAAAAGGGCCUCAACCAUUCACUUUUGUGCCUUUUGGGGGAGGGCCUCGGAUGUGCCCCGGAAGGGAAUAUGCUCGAGCGCAGGUACUUGCAUUCAUACAUCAUGUGGUGACAAGAUUCAAAUGGGAGAAAGUAGAUCCCUGUGAAAAGGUUGCAUAUAAUCCAUCACCCAUUCCUUCCAAGGGCUUCCCAAUUCGCCUCCAGCCUCUACAAAAUGGAUCUAUUUAAGAUUUGGUUAUUUAAGAAGCUAUAUUUGUGGUGCAUUUGAAUGUUUCAAUAAGAUGGCUGCAUGCAUAAGUUUCAGUUCCUGCAAAAUAAA